AUGUCUGACGAAGAUGAAGUUGUUUAUGUUAAAAGACAAAAGACUAUACAUUAUGGCACGCUCGAGGAGACUAUGGAAAACCGCAUGAGGCAUGCAAAAAAUGAAACAGAAACUUCAACAACUUCAAAUGCAACUUCCAGUAAUACACAAAUUCCUGAAUAUUUUGACAUUGAGGGUGAAAUUGAAAAGGAUAAAACAGCACUGCUGGAAGAGUUUGAGAGAAAGAAGAAAGCUCGACAAAUUAAUGUUUCAACCGAUGAUGCUGAGAUCAAGAAAAGUCUGAGACAAUUAAACGAGCCAAUAUGCUUAUUCGGUGAAGGACCUGCUGAUCGCAGAAUCCGUUUGCGUGAGUUAUUGUCUAUGAUGGGUGAUAAUGCGAUUUCAAAGAGAACAGACGAUGAUGAGAAGAAAACAACUAAAGAGUCGCAAGAUACGAAUCAAACGUGGUUCCAUGAAGCUCCAGAUACGUUGAGAAUUGCACGAUUAUGGAUUGCUGAUUAUUCAUUGCCUAGAGCAAAGAAGAGAUUAGAGGAAGCAAAGGAACAAACAAAUAUCCCAAGUGCUACAAAAGCCAGUCGAAUUGUUGAGCUACAGAAGAAAAUUCAAGCUCUUAUGCCUCAAUGUUCACAAGUUGGUGAUGCUCGUCCAAUUAGUGCAUGUAAUUUCAAUGAAGAAUCAACAUUACUCUUAGUUGGAAGUUGGUCUGGAUUGUGUAAAGUAUGGAGUGUCCCUGAUUGUGAAUUAGUUCAGACUUUACGUGGACAUAAUACACAAAUUGGAGGAGUUGCAUUCAGAAAUGCGUCGAGCACUGAUCGAUUCUCGGAAGUUUCAAUGGCUUCAUGUUCAACGGAUGGAAUGGUAAAGUUGUGGAGCUUUAAAAGCGAAGAAUCAGUAGCUGAUAUUAAUGGACAUAUGCCACAUCGUGUCUCAAAAUUAGCUUUUCAUCCUUCUGGUCGAUUUUUAGGCACAGCAUGUUAUGACGCUUCAUGGAGAUUAUGGGAUUUGGAACAGAAACAAGAAGUUCUUCAUCAAGAAGGACAUACAAAAUCUGUUCAUGCUAUUGCCUUCCAAAAUGACGGAAGUGUUGUUUUAACAGGCGCAUUGGAUGGAUUUGGUCGCGUUUGGGAUCUUAGAACUGGACGUUGUAUCAUGUUUCUAGAUGGUCACAUGGGAAACAUUUAUGCUGUCGAUUUCUCUUCAAAUGGAUAUCACAUGAUUACAGGAAGCGAAGAUCAUUCUUGCAAGGCACGUUUUAAUUUUUAA